CACACUGCACUCAAUUUGCAUGCUUGAUAUUGUUGUCCUACAAUUUUUUGUCCAAAUCUUUCCACACAAAUAUAACGGUUGCAGGAUGCCCGCCCUCCCCAGAAACCCUUCUUCAAUGACCAAAGAGCGUCUCGCAGAAGAGCUGAGGAGAAACAACAUUUCACUGCCGAGUGGGAAAUCGAAAAAAGAAGUUUACGUUGAGCUUUACAAGCAGCAUCUUCUCGACAACCCCACGAGUCCACAGUUAACGGCCUAUCGGAAUAUGUCGGUUAAUACUUCACCUAAAAUAGGGUUUUCGAGCGAUGAAGAGGACGAAAUCGUCCAAGUCCAGAAGAAAACCAGAAAACCAAAUCUCAAUACGAACAAUAAUAGAAGAACUCCGAGGAAACUAACAAAGAAAUUGGACAAGACGCUGUUUGAGGAUCAUCUUGCAGAGGUUGAGGAGCUCUCCGAUGGAGACUUACGGAAGGAGCUAGAUUAUAGAGGAUUCAAAGCAGGCCCUAUCACAGCAUCUACCCGUGCUGUAUAUGAGAGGAAACUCGCUGAUGUACUGACCAAACCAGAGAAGGAAGAGGAGCCAGAGCAAAAUGGGGAUUCCCCAGAAGAAGAGAUGAAGAAUGGCUAUAGUGACUCUGAUAUUGAUGAGAAUGACUCAAUUGCAGUGGCACCUGAAGAGCCCCAGGAGCAACCCUUAGAGCUCCAGGAGCAACUGAUAGAACCCCAGCAGCAACCAGUAGAACAAGUUGAGAGCACAAGAACGAGGUCCCAAACGACUGAAGUGGUCUACAGUGAAUCAACAACCAGGCAACGAAGCACCAUCCAAAAGAGUCAAGUUGAGACCGUCUCAUCAGAGAAGACACAAGAAGUUCCCGAGACCUCCAGUAAGAAGACAGGUGAGAGAGGCAAGCCGUUGGUACCCAUCUGGUUGCAGCUCGUUAUCUUCGCUAUCAUUACAGCUUUCCUGGUCCUCAUCUGGUAUAACAUGGAGACCAGCCAAACUGACCAAGCACUCUUAUCGAGGUCCUCUUAGACUAUGGCAGUGAGACAUCAUUAAUGGGAACCAAUUUCAUAAAGUCUGUAAUCUCGAAAACUUCCUCAGUGCAAAAACAUUACUAAGCAAAGGUAAGUUACCAGCCAGAGCCGAUACAGUUACCAUUGCUGCGACUGGUACCCCGGCCAUUUCUUGAUCAGCCAAGAAAUUUGAAAACAAAAUUUUCUGCUUAACAGCUUUAUGAAAUUGGGCACAGUAAGGUAGUUCACGAAUGGUAUUCAUUCAUGUAAGGGCAAGGUAGUUUGUCCAAUGAGGGAUAUACAUGAACUUGAACAUUUUAAGGGGCAACAAGGCAAUGACGAUGGGCAUUGAGGGUCAUAGCCUUUGUUACUUUCUUGAAGUAUCAGAUGAUGCACCUAUCAGUUAUGCACCUGCAACAAGUACACAUGUAUGAAAUGAGCUUAAUUUCAUAGAGCUGCUAAAAGCACAACAAAAAGUGUGCUUACAAGAUUAAAGAUACCGGCCAAAAUAUCAUUUCUCGUGUACCAUAUGUGACUGGUAUCCUGCUCAUUUUUGCUCAGCAGUACUUUCUGCUUAAGCAGCUCUACUAAAUUGAGCCCUAGCCUUUACUAGAUCUUUUCACUUGAAGACAAUGCUAGCUUGUAUUACUUUGUGUUGUUCAGUAGCUUGUGUUUCUAGUGUACUCAAUAACUUGUAGAUUUUUCAAUGUAUAACUUUUGUUUUCAACUUCUAAGAAAGAGAUUUCAAUACAUAUCACUGAAAUCCUUCUUAGUAUAAACUGUUGAAAAUGCUGAUGUAAUGAUUUUUUUAUUGAUUUAAACCAAUUGAAAUGAAAAUUGGCCUCUUGUGAUUAAAUUUUAUGGAGCUACGUUUCAAACCAACGGCAUUUAAGGUAUUGCAAUGUUUCCUUUUAAUCACUUACAUAUAUACAUUAACACGUGUACAUAGAUAUUAAUGUACAAAGAAUUGGUCUGUUCACUGCUUGCAUGUCAAUCCCUGGAUACAAAUACGGCUCGCAACGCACCCCCUCGAUAGCCUGGCUUUGGCAAUUUAAGUAAACUACAUGUGUAGUAGUCUGAAGUUGGUCAACUUAAGCCGGCCUCAGGUCGACCUCAGGUCGACCUUGCGUCAACAAAAAACAGUCGGCGACUGACUUUUCAGGAUCACACUGCGCCUGAGCUAAGACCAUCGGGAACUUUUCAGUAGGUGAUUAUUUACGCUCUGAGCGUAACUGCGAUGAUUUCAAGACAAUCUGAAACAGUCGCCGCUCAACAAAAUUAACAGUCGCAAGAGUAGAACAAUUUCAACUUGACGAAGUGAUCCCGAGGGUUGGGAACCAAUCGAAGGCACACGAUUUCUCAGUUGUUAUGACAUGAGCAUAUUUUGUCUGCGCAAUGCUGAUGGUUUGUUGUGGGCCAAAGAAAAUUGUAGGUCGACCUGAGGCCGACUUCAGGACAACCCUUGAGUUGUCUUACGGAUCCAACUGUCGAAAUGUCUCAACUGUCGACUUGUCUUGAAUUGAGUUGGUUAAGGGUUGGGUUGUCUAACAUUCCUUUAUAAAACGGUUAUAAAAAAUCAUACUGGAAAGUUUACAGCCUAGUCAUUUAUACCUCACCUAUACUUAUUGCUUUAUGGGUGGAUACUAGCUUUGUAUCCUUUUUUAUAGGCACAAUAAUUCACAAGCCCAAGUUAUUCUCCAAGCAACAUAAUGCAACUAGGGAAAGGCUGGUGACUGCAAUCUUAGAGUGAAAUAUUUAAAGUAUUAACAGCAUAUAUUAGUAGACAAUUAACAUUUUCCACAAAUAUUUAGCUUUCCAAACUUCCAAAACUGCUGACAUUGUACAGUAUUAUUACCCCUGUACAUUUUUCGCAGGCAUUCCUGAAACCACUCCCAGCUGAAACCAACUUAACUCCUUUAAUUGUAGGUAUACCUUGCGUCCAAAUUGUUGUCUUUGCCAAAAAGGGUAAACAUACCCCCCCCCCUUCACCUGUGUCAUUUCGGGGGGGGGGGGGGAGAUACACUGUAUGAUUUUUUUAAUAUGUACAUAACUUAAAUUUGGAAAUGGAAAUUGUAUUUAGGUUUACCGUUCGCUUCGGUUGAUUUUGUUAUUGAACGUGCCUUUGUCACAUCCCAUGCAGGUCAGGCAUACCACCAUAAUUAAAUGCCAAAAUUUGUGGUUUAAUGAUAACAGGAGUUGUGUAUUAUCCAUAGAGCUUUAUUUAUUGACUAGAUCGCUAACUUGCUCUGCGUUUAGAAGCCUCCCUGGGCGCAGACAUGUUUGAUGUGGUGACAUACUACGCAACGAUUUGAGUUUGGCGUGUGUGCUUACGUACCAACUGCCCAUUCGCGUAAGUAAUCAAUCAAUCAAUUAUGACGUUAGUAAGGUGCCGCGCCAUAUGUAAUUUAAUGAUCAUUGCUCAUGGCUCUUGUAAACAGGUGAGAUUUUAGCGAUGCCUUAAAAAAUAUGUAGUAGGUGAUUGUCUGAUGUUUUUACGUGCGUCUUGGGAAAACUAAAGCCUUGUUUUGGGAGGAUUGAAUGCUACAAGAUGCUGAACUUAAAAUUUAAAAAAACCUGCGGCAAACGCGCCUUUUAAACAUGACGCACAUGACGCUCGCAGUUUGUAUGCUCAUCAGCAGAUUGCGCGUUCACAUUUGCUGCAUACUUGGUUCGAUGACGCAUAGAAAUCAACAAACGCACUAUCAUGCAAAUAGCCAUACAAUUGGCAUACAAAAUUUCAAGUUUUUGUAUUGGUUUGUACAUAAACAUUAAUGCGCCCACACGGCAUCAAAACCCAAGAGCGUGUAUGCUGGGGAGUUAGCGCUCUAGUCAAUACAUAUAGCUCUAUGAAAUUAUCAUUAUUUUGAUAUACAACAUUUAAAUUAAUAUUUUUUGUCCAACAAGAUACUGUGACUGUCACUAUCUCUUGCAGUGGAGCUCAAGAACUUUUCGUUUUACUCAAGUUUUAGCAAUUCUUUUGGAGUUAAAGUUUAAUGUCAGCCAUUUGUCAAUCAAGUGCCACAAAUGCUUAAAAUAAAAAAUUCACCCACAGGGAAAUUUUUUAGGGAAGGAAUGGACAUUAUUUUUAUCUUCCAAAGACUGUACAUUUCAAGCAAUUUUGGUUUUUGAAAAUAAAGAUUUUAACUAAUACAA